AUGCAACCGAUACAGGACGCUAUACCGCCGCUGCUGAUGCCACAAGAACGGUCAGCUCCCACUGGAUUUGAGUUGGAACCGUACCGUGGACCACCGACUAUCUUCGAGGACGAUCAAGUGGUGUUCCAUACCCCUAGAGACCGUUUUAGAAGUUCCCGGGAACCAGUCUUCCUUCUUGAAGAGGGAACGGACGCAGAGGAAGAACGGAAGUCGGAAGGAAGAGAUGGACCGUCCUAUCCGAAGCGUGCCAGGAUCGAUGAAGACGGCCUUAUUGCUGAAGCCGUCCUCGCGUACGCAGCAAGCAUUGACACAGUGGAUCUUCCUACAACAUACGCUCAGGCAAUUGCCAGUGAAGAUUCAACACAGUGGCGUGAAGCCAUGGAUGCUGAACUGCUCUCUCAUAAACGGAACGAUACCUGGACAUUAGUUCCACGAGGAACGGCCAUCCGUACCAUUGGGUGCAGAUGGGUGUUCGCCAAGAAGCGUGACCAGAACGGUCGCGUGGUGCUCUUCAAAUCGCGGUUGGUGGUGAAGGAUUUCAAGCAGAAGUACGGAGUGGAUUUUUUUGAAACGUACUCUCUUGUGGCGAACAUGAACUCGAUUCGAGUUGUGCUCUCAGUCUGCGCUGCUUUCGCGUACCAGAUGGAACAGUUGGACGCUGACACAGCGUUCCUCAACAGUGAGUUGGAGGACCGUGUCUACAUGGAGGUACCAAUUGGCGUUGAGAACGCUCAGAACUAUGUGUGCCAGCUGAACAAGGCCAUCUAUGGACUGAAGCAAGCUGCAAGUGCCUGGAAAAAGACCAUUCAUCGGGUAUUUCUUGGGUACGGAUUCAAGAGCUGUGGUGCGGACCAGUGCGUCUAUGUCAAGCGUUCCAAGAGCAAUUUCAUUUACGUCUGUCUUUACGUAGAUGAUAUGAUCAUUGCGGCGAAGACUAGUGAUGAAAUUGAUGACGUGAAAAACGCACUCAAGAGUGUCUUUAAGAUGAAGGAGUUUGGACCGGCGAAAUUUAUCCUGGGAAUGGAGAUCGACCAUAACAUGACUGCUGGAACGCUUAUGAUUAAGCAAACGCGAUACAUCGAUGAUGUGGCGAAACGGUUCGGGCAAGAGAACGCUAAGUCGGUUGACAACCCGUGUGCAACUGGUCUUAAGUUGUCAAAGUCGCAAUCGCCAGCAACGGAUGAAGAGCGAAGAAAGAUGCAAUCGAGACCGUACCGCUCCUUAAUUGGAUGCCUACUGUAUAUCACGACGUGUACUCGCCCGGACAUUUCAUUCGUGGUAACGCAACUUUCUCGUUUCCUGGAGAAUCCCGGGGCGCAGCAUUGGAACGCUGCUAUACGUGUUCUACGCUACUUAAAGACGACUCGCCAGCACGGGAUCAUCUACAAAGGUGGUACUGGCAGCUUCACAGCUGAAGCCUACUCGGAUGCGGACUGGGGUUCCAACCUCGACGACAGGCGUUCUGUCUCGGGGGUUAUGAUCAUGAUUGGGAACGCUCCGGUGGUGUUCAAAUCUAAGUUCCAACGAACGGUUGCCCUCAGCUCAGCGGAAGCUGAGUAUAUGGCUUUAAGCCUAUGCGUUCAGGAAGUGCUAUGGACGCGUGCGAUAAUGACGGACAUGGGAAUGGUACAAAUGAACGCUACCCAGAUAUGGGAGGACAAUCAAGGAGCGAUUGCUUUGGCCCAAAACGCUGGUUAUCAUGCUCGGACCAAGCAUGUGGACAUCCGUCAUCACUUCAUCAGAGAGACGAUCGAAGACGGGACGGUUGCGGUAGCGUAUGUGGACACCAAACAUCAAUUGGCCGACAUACUGACCAAGGCGCUAGGAUCCAAGAUGUAA